UAGGUAGUGAAGCAUGGAGAAAUCAGAUACUAAUGUGCUUCCUUCAUCUUUUCAACACAACAAUCUUGAUCCAGCUGCCCAUACUUAUUCUGAAAGCUCUGAAGCAGUAAAUGAUUCUCCAAUUGAACAAGUUCAACUCACAGUCCCAAUUACUGAUGAUCCAACUUUACCCUGCUUGACAUUUCGAACAUGGUUUUUGGGGAUCACAUCUUGUGCUGUUCUGGCAUUCUUGAAUCAAUUCUUUGGUUACCGCCAAAACGCAUUAUAUAUAUCAUCGGUCUCAGCCCAAAUUGUAGUACUUCCAAUAGGAAGGUUUAUGGCAGCAUAUCUACCAAACAAAGUUUUUCACAUUCCAGGAACAAAAUGGUUCUUUUCGUUGAAUCCAGGUCCCUUCAACUUGAAGGAGCAUGUCCUGAUAACCAUAUUUGCCAAUUCAGGUUCAAACUCCGUUUAUGCAGUUGGUAUUAUUACCAUUGUCAAGGCAUUCUAUCAUAGAGGGAUUCAUCCUCUGGCAGCUAUUUUGUUAAGUCAUACCACCCAGUUGCUAGGGUAUGGAUGGGCAGGACUAUUUCGAAAGUUUCUUGUUGAUUCACCAUACAUGUGGUGGCCUUCUAACUUGGUUCAAGUCUCUCUAUUUAGGGCAUUGCAUGAUGUUGAGACUAGGCCUAAGGGAGGACUAACAAGGCUGCAGUUCUUCAUUGUGGUCCUUGUAAUAAGCUUCUCAUACUAUGUUGUUCCCAACUAUCUGUUUCCAUCCAUAACUGCUCUGUCUUUUGUUUGUUGGAUAUGGAAGGACUCAGUCACAGCCCAACAAAUUGGUUCUGGUCUUCGUGGGCUUGGUAUUGGCUCCUUUGCCCUUGAUUGGUCCACUGUAGCUGGUUUCCUAGGAUCUCCUUUAGCCACCCCUGGAUUUGCUAUCAUUAACAUAAUGGCUGGGUUUUUCAUAGUUCUCUACAUAGUAAUUCCUAUUGCUUACUGGACUAACUCAUAUGAAGCAAAGCGAUUUCCUAUUUACUCAUCACACGUGUUCAACUCUUACGGUGGAAAAUACAAUGUUUCGGUAGUUUUGAAUGAUACAACCUUCCAAUUCAAUCAAGAUGGAUAUGAUGGGUAUAGCAAAAUUAAUCUCAGCAUCUUCUUUGUAUAUGGUUAUGGUCUUAACUUUGCAGUAUUGGCUGCAACAAUCUCUCAUGUUGCACUCUUCCAUGGAAGACAAAUCUGGCAACAAACAAAGGCAACAUACAACAAUAAGUUCGGGGAUGUGCACACUAGACUGAUGAAGAAAAACUAUGACCCUGUCCCUCAAUGGUGGUUUUACGUACUAUUGAUCGUUGUUGUUGGACUUGCCAUUCUUACUUGUGAAGGCUUUGGCGGACAAUUGCAACUCCCUUACUGGGGAGUCCUGCUAGCAAUUGUCAUGGCUCUAUUCUUCACUCUCCCAAUUGGCGUAAUUACUGCUACCACAAACCAGGAACCAGGACUUAAUGUCAUCACUGAGAUGAUUAUUGGUUACAUGUAUCCUGGGAAACCUCUUGCAAAUGUGGCUUUCAAGACCUAUGGCUACAUUAGCAUGACACAAGCAAUAAUGUUUCUGUCAGACUUCAAGCUAGGCCAUUAUAUGAAAAUUCCUCCAAAAUCCAUGUUUUUUGUUCAGUUGGUGGGGACUUUAGUUGCAUCCUCAGUCUACUUCGGCACAGCUUGGUGGCUUUUGACCUCAGUAGAACAUAUAUGUGAACCAUCUAAACUUCCAGAAGGAAGCCCGUGGACAUGCCCUGGAGAUGAUGUUUUCUACAAUGCUUCCAUCAUAUGGGGUGUAGUCAGCCCACUUCGCAUGUUUGGCCGGCUAGGCCUGUACUCUAAGAUGAACUAUUUCUUUCUCAUUGGUUUCCUAGCACCAUUGCCUGUGUGGGUACUCUCACGCUUGUUUCCCGAAAAAAAGUGGAUAAGGCUCAUUAACAUGCCAAUCAUCAUAGGUGGAUCAGGAGGAAUGCCACCAGCCAGGGCUGUGAACUACCUAUGUUGGGGUGCUGUGGGCAUUUUCUUCAACUUUUUUGUGUAUAGGAGAUAUAAAGGCUGGUGGGCAAGGCACAAUUACAUUCUAUCAGCUGGGCUAGAUGCUGGAGUUGCUUUCAUGGCCAUCCUUUGCUAUUUCACAUUACAAAUUAGAGACAUCAAUGGAAUAAGGUGGUGGGGAUUGGAUUUAGAUGAUCACUGCCCACUUGCAAGUUGCCCCACUGCCCCUGGCAUAGAGGUUGAAGGGUGUCCUGUAUUCCAUUGACAGUAUUAUAAUAUGUAGAUUUGUGUAGCUAUAUGCGCUUGGCUAGAAAGUUCUUGUAUAGAAGCUUAGCUAUCUAAUAAAAUAGAUUAUAGAACCAUAGAUGGAGAUAAAGGUUAA